CGUACUACUCGUCUGGCCAUUUCCCACGAAUUUGAUAUAUUUGGGUGGCCAAUUGCCCUGCGGUGUUCUCGUUCUAAGCCGAAAUCACCGUUCCUGCGGAGAGAAAUGGACGAGCACGAGUUCCGACGAAUCCUCGACCUCUUUCAAGUCGUUCGAUCUGGAGACUAUUGCUUUCAGGAUGAAUCCGGAAGAGCAUCAAGCUCACAUUCUGCACAAGAUGAGGUAACAGAGUGGAUGAAAGGCUGGACUGAGAUGGAUAAGAUGGAUGAACUGAAAGAAACUAAAAGCCAAGAUGCAUUUUGGAGCAAGUUGCGGGCAGCAGCCGAAAGCAAGGUUGGCCCAGCAAAUGCUGAAAGGUUUUGCGCUGCAUUUAAGACAGUACACGAGAAACUGGUGUACAAAGAACUUAGUUUGGAGGCUGCGCAAAGAUUCAUUAGUACCCACAAAACUGACAAGAUCAGAACAGACUCCUGUUAGAGGUGCUGCAAAUCUAUUUUUACUGGACUGAUCACAAAUUUACAGGACUAGAAUUUAUCGAUAACCACAUUGAUUUUGUCAUGCUAUUCUCUGAUUUGUCAGUUACUCUGUGAGUCAGUUUUACAUAAUGAAAAUCUGGCUAAAUGUGAUUCAACAAAUUGCUUAAAGAAUCUGUAAGUUUGAUUUUUUACAUAAAAAUGAUCUCAAAAUUUUCUUCUGAAACAAAGUUCAUGGAUUUGUGGUUACAGUUUGUUAAAGCUGCAUCUCAGCUAUUGUACUUUUUUUGUAGCCAGAAUUUCCAGCUUCGAUCUAUUUAGAAUGCUUGAAUUA